UUUCCUCCCUGCUUUGUCACUCGAGGUUGAGGUUCGUAGGUUAAAGGGCACGCACGCUGCUCCGCAUGUGUUGUUGUUUUGUUACGAUUAUUUCCAAUGUACUGAAGUAAACUGCAGCAACAUGGGGAAGAAUAAGAAGAAUAAAACCAACGAGUCAGGAAAACAAGCCGACAAGGCCGGAAAACAUCCAAGUGACAAGAAGCUCAAAGGAAAUGGGAAACCCAAGAAAGCCAAGCCGGACCACCUCAAUGACAUCCCAUUCAGGCUCCGAGAGAUCAUGAAGAGCAAGGAGAGGAUGAAAACAGGAGCCGUGAAGGCCAAAAAGCUCAAAGAGGCCAUCUCCCCUAAAGGUAAACCAGAGGAGUCCCAAGAUGGAGACAUACCUGUCCCACAUUUCAAGAGGAGGAAGCAAGAAAGUGAGAAAGCAUACGUGAGGCGCAUGGAGAACGAGACCAAACACGUCCUCUUCCUCACCAAGAACCAAGUGGACAGAAAGCCUGAGCUGGAUGUGGACGAACAAGAGGGGUCUGCAGACAAGGUCAAGUCUGCGAAAAAGAAGGAGCAUGAUAAAGGCCGAUUACAAAGGCUACAUCAGAAGAAGUUGGACAGACAGGAGACCAAGAUGGAAAAAGAGAUGUUUAUAGAUCAUGUUCCCUUUGGUGAGGUUACAAUGGCCCCACCGUGUUUGAGCGCCAAACCAAAAAAGGCUCCAGUCAGAUCUCAGAAAGGAUCCAAGGAGCUGCUCCUCAACUCUCUCCUCGGCCACACUGUUGCCUCGACAGCCAAGCCCUCGAUGGCCCGACAGAGAAUCAUGGAGGAGGAGAGAGACCGGGCAGUGGAGGCCUACCGCCUUCUUAAGAAACAGAGACAAGAGCAGCACGAAGCCAGGGCUGCCGGUGUGGAAAAACUCAAAAACCUUAAGUGAUGUUUCAUGUCAAAGAAUCAGUCGGCAGGCAAGACCGAAACUGUGAUCAUAUGUCAGCAGACUGUGUGUGUUAUGUAACUCUAGAACUGAUACGCCAGUGGAUGUAGCUAACUGUCAGGGAAAGAAGCAAACAUUUGCAUCCACUGGCCACAGUACGAGGUAAGUAAUUAUCAUCGUUCACCUGCCGCUGUCAGUAUCAGGUGUUCAGCUCAGAAGAGAACAGGACAUUCAAAUCGUUAAUGCCUGCCUUAGCGUCUUAUAAAGAAGAUAAACCGAUCACCACCAACCUAAACGCAGCCAGACAGAUGACUUCAGUUGAUUUCUCACCACCGUGACUGUGUUGGAUGUUCACUGGCAAGGGUUAAUUUGUAUUUACACUGUUUUUAAUACUUUCAUCUUAAGGUGAUGACAUUUACAAUAUGUUAGAGGGAUAAAAUCAUCAUCAUCAGGUUAUACCUCAAGGCGACAACACACCUCUGUGUGUUUGCUGUGGUUCCACUAGAUGGCAGUCCCCCAGUAGAAAGCUGGUUGUUUGUAUGAAGUGUUGGCAGAACAUGUGGACUGACUUAUUUUGGCCUUUUUUAUAAUGCAAUGUAAUACAAUAAUUUCCUAUUGUACAUGUUGUUACCAGGCACAAUUUCUAUAAAAAAUGUAAAAUAAUUAAGUAAUAAUUAGGUUUAGUAGCUGUUUUGGAGCUUUUAUCUGAUCACACGAUAAAGUUUGUCUCAGAAUUGGA